GACGAGUCUGACUCCGAGCUCCUGCCUCCAGGCUAAUGUGUGCUCAUUACUACGGGGUACUCCUUGGUACGGAUCGCUCUCUUGAGUCUCUGAGUCUCUACCUAGUAGUAGCCUGGGCCUCCUUCCCUGAACUAUUGAAAGGGAGAAAAAAAAUACAUAACAACAACAACUUUCUUCGUCUUCUUUUUCUUGACUUUCAAAAACCCAGAACAAAAAGAACCUUCCGACUUUGGUGUUACUAUUCCAUCUUGGUCUACCCGACACCUCAAUCUACUAUAGUACGUGUGAAACAUCAACAUCACCUUCUUAUCCAUCCAUCCGUCCAUCCAUCCAUCCAUCCAUCUAUCCAUCUAGUUAGCAAGAUAUGGCUGGCUGGCUGGCUAUGGAACUUGUCUGAAACUUGAUAAGCAAAUACUCAGCUGCAAGCCCCCAGACCAACAUCAUGCUUUCCCAUCCUCCUCCUCCUCUUUCUUUUUCCACUCUGCUUUCUUUCCGCUUUUCACCCAUCCCCCGUUCUAGCUUGCUUGCCUUCUUCCCGUUCCUGCUCUCUUCUCUUCUCUUCUCCUUCCAUCAAUCAGUGCUCUGUGGUGACUAACGUUCCGGAACUUUCCUGGUGUUCAACAGCGACCAAACCGA